AUGGCACGCCCCAAUGAGGACCGCGAUGUGACGAACUCUUCCUUCCUCGACAUGCGCUCUUUAUUGAAUGCUUCACCCAUCCUCCUCCAAGGCGGUCCCUCUGAACUCUUUUCAGCCGAAGCCGAAGUGACUUCUCCUGCAUCCACCACAACCAUGGCGAACACUACCGAAACCGAAGAUGAGAAUCGACUCAUGGAAGAGCGUCGCCGUCGUCAGAUGCAUUUUAGUGACACCCGAGCCAGUCACCAAAACAGCUCCCAAGCAAGGACUCAAGCUAUCGUUCGAUACCACCGCCAGCAGGGCGAACACAGCUCUGCUGAUAUCGCAGCCUCCUCGCAUGCAGAAAUCCCCAUGUCGGCCGAUCGCCCUGCUCAGGAGCUUCCUAUGCCUCCCUCUGGCAUGACUAGAAGAACUCUCGCUCUCCCACCUGUCAACGCAGCUGGGCUCAACCACAUCCUGCUUCAAACCAGAGCUCAUGACCCUGUCGCCCAGGCUCUCAUCUGGAAGAAUACCAGACGCCUCCAGGAGCUGGGCCUCAGCUACUCCAAGGUCCCUGAUGAUGACGGCGAGACUGUGAAUAUGCGGGUUCGAGCGGCUCAUGAGCGUCUUCAGGCAUUCAUGCAGUCUUUGCCCGAGGAUGAGCCAUACCCACAGCCUCCAUUUGGUCCUAUCAACCCUCAUGCCAGACACAAUUCUCCUGCUCCUCCUAUUCCAUUGUCUACUACAGUAUCCGCGGCUUCAUCGGCUACUCUACCUUCAGCUGCUCCUCCUAAUCGCCGCCGCCGUCGUCACCGUGGCUCUCGUGGCUCCCGUGGCUCCCGUGGCUGA